UCCUGUCGCUUUCUCCGAAAGCUUCACUAUCCAAGACAAUAAUAAAUAAAUAAAAAAACCCAAGUUUUCUGUUUAAUAGCUGUAAGAACUAAGAAAUACCAACUCAGAAGUGAUUCUUCUUCUUCUAUUCUUUCUUUCCAUUAAUCUAAAAGCCCAAAAACUUAUAUAAAAUUCAUUUUUUGGGGAAAUACUUUGAAUUGAUUUCAAUGGCCAAUGAUUUUGCGACUGCGGUGGAGGAUGGGCUUAAACUCUCGAAGCGACUAUACUUCGGGAAGGACCGAGCCGUGUCUCCGCCGAGGGUUCCGACGUCGAUGGAGAAACCAGGGUCGGUCAACAUGUACAUGCCGAAGGCGCCGAUGUUGUACGCGGUGAUACCCGACCCGAAGAUCGUGGACAAUCCGGAUAUACCGAGCUACCAGCCGCACGUGCAUGGCAGGUGCGAUCCUCCGGCGCUGAUUCCGUUACAAAUGAACGGCGUCGAGUUGGAUGUGGAUUGUUAUCUGGAUACGGCUUUUGUUCGGGUUUCCGGAUCCUGGAGAGUCCAUUGUGUUAUGGGCAGUAAGAGCUGCGAUUGUCGCAUUGCUAUCCCUAUGGGCGAGGAGGGUUCAAUCUUAGGUGUUGAGGUAGAGGUUUCUAGUAAAUCAUAUUGUACUCGUUUGAUUGCAUUGGAAGACAAGGAGGGUGUGGAAAAGGCAGCCAGGCCUGAGAAUGGUGGCUUUUUGAAGCCUCACAUUUUCACCUUAACAAUACCACAGAUUGAUGGGGGUUCCUUUCUUUCAGUAAAACUUCAUUGGUCCCAGAAAUUGUCUUACUGUGAUGGAGAAUUUUCUUUAAAUGUACCUUUUAAGUUUCCUGAGUAUGUCACUCCUGCUAUAAAGAAGAUUCCAAAAAAAGAAAAGAUACUGUUAAAUGUAAAUGCUGGUACUGGAACUGAGAUUUUGUGCAAGACAACUAGUCAUCCUUUGAAGCAAUUAAGGCGUGAAGCAGGAAAGCUUGGUUUUUCUUAUGAAUCAGAAGUGCUUAAAUGGUCAAGUAAUGACUUCAGUUUCUCAUACACUGUUUCUCCAAGUCAUAUGGUUGGUGGCAUCCUGUUGCAGUCUCCACCUCUGCACGAUGUUGAUCAAAGAGAGAUGUUCAGCGUCUAUUUUUAUCCAGGAAGCCAGCAAAGUAGAAAGGUGUUCAGAAAGGAUAUAAUAUUUAUGGUUGAUAUAAGUGGAAGUAUGCAAGGAAAACCACUUGAGGAUACAAAGAAUGCGUUGUCUGCUGCCCUCGCUAAGCUUGAUCCAAAAGAUUCGUUUAACAUUAUAGCUUUUAGUGGAGAGACAUAUCUAUUUUCAACAUCAAUGGAGUUGGCUACGAAGGAGGCAGUUGAAAGGGCAACUCAGUGGAUUGGAGUAAAUCUGAUUGCAGAGGGGAGUACAGAUAUACUUCUUCCCCUAACUAAGGCUGUAGAUAUGCUAUGUAAUACUCGUGGUUCAAUUCCUACCAUCUUCCUUGUUACUGAUGGGGCUGUUGAAAAUGAGAGACACAUUUGUGAUAUGAUGAAAAGUCGCCUAACAAAUGGAGGGCCAAUUUGUCCACGUAUAUACACUUUUGGAAUUGGUGUAUACUGUAACCAUUAUUUCCUACAUAUGCUUGCAAUGAUUAGCAGAGGGCACUAUGGCGCGGCAUAUGAUAUAGAUUCAGUGGAGCUGGGUUUGCAAAAAUUAUUCACCAAAGGUUUAUCAAUGGUUCUUGCAAAUAUAACCAUUGACAUGUUAAAAGAUCUUGAUGAGUUUGAGGUGUACCCUUCUCGUAUUCCAGACUGUACAUCAGAAACCCCAUUGACCAUAUCUGGGAGGUACCAGGGAAAUUUUCCUGAUAAUAUUAAAGCUAAAGGUCUCUUGGGAGAUUUGAGUGAUUUUGUCAUGGAAUUGAAGGCACAACAUGCAAAGGACAUACCUCUUGACAGAGUAUUUGCAAAGCAACAAAUUGAUUUACUCACGGCUCAAGCAUGGUUUUCAGAAGAUAAACAGCUGGAGGAGAAGGUUGCUAAAAUGAGUGUACAGACUGGCGUAAUUUCCGAGUAUACCUCUAUGAUCAUACUGGAGACUGAUGAGGGAAAGAGAACAGAAUCACCAAGCAUAAAGAAGGAAUCAGAGGGAAGUGGUAGUCAAAAGAUAGUAGAUUCUGGAGCCUCAAAAACAAUAUCUCUACAGAGCCUCGGCAUCGGCUUUGGUGACUUGAUUGCAACAACUGAAAACAUUCCUCCAGGGGCUGAAGAAGCAAAAUUACCAGAGGUUGCGGAAAUAUUUGUGAAGGUGGCAUCCAAUUGUUGCAGCAGUAUGGCCAACAAGUGCUGUUGCAUGUGUUGCAUCCAGUGCUGUUCUAAUCUAAACGACCGAUUUGUAAUUCUCUUGACACAAGUCUGCACUGCCCUAGCAUGUUUUGGCUGCCUUGAGUGUUGUUCAAUAUGUUGCUCUGGAUCCGAUGGAAGAUGAAACUGAAGCUAAAAGUUUCCUCUUAAUCAACUGUAUGCUAGUUCUUUAACGGUACAGAAAUGAUAAUUAUUUACAGCAUCAUGUGUAUAUUACCCAACUUAACAGUCGUAGCAGAGAACCUCUGCGUGUUGAAAAUCUAUAGCAUCUCA